AUGGAUUUUGGACAAGAAGAAGAGCAUGUGGAAAGCGAAAAGAUUCGGUGGGUUCAAUCAAUUUUUUCUCCAAAAAUUCAGAUUUUCAGCAUUUUUUGAAAAUAAAUUUGCCAUUAUUUUUUAGCCCAUUUGGUUGUGCUUGUGAUCGAUGUGAAAUUGAACUGGUGUGGAAUCUUAAAAAGAUUCGAGUGACUUCACCGCAAGUAUCGGCUGGAAUCCAUCGCGCCACGCGAAAAUCGAUGCGAAUGGAAGAAUUUCAAUUGUAUUUAUUCGCAUCGGAGGCGAAAAACUAGAACAUCUGAUAAAGUUGCGGCAAUCAAAGACUUCCAUGAAUGCCCGAAUCUGCUGAAUUAUCUUGAGCAGUUCCCAAGUUGGCUCAAGGCCAUUCAAAAUGUUCGAGAAGAAUUGGAGUUGGCUUAUGAAAACGCGAAAAUGGUGAGUUUUGAAAAUUUUUAAGUCAAAAUUUUUUUUGAAAAUCUACCAUGAGCAAUGCCGAAGAAAAUUUGGCCUAUAACUUUGCUUCCAAAUUCAAAAUCGAUCCUUUUACAGAUCCAUUUCUCAAUCAAAAAUUGGGAAGGACGAAAAGGAGAACUCGAAAAACCACCAGAAACCACUUUUGGGGAGCUCAAGUUAUGGAUGAAGGAUUAUUUUGGAAGAAAAUCUUGGGUUGAUUCGAAAACUUUUAUUAUUGGAAGAACAACAGUUGAAGAUCAUCAAACACUUGGAGAAUUGAAAGUAUGUUUUUGAAUUUUCGAAAAAAAUUCGAGAGAGAAAAUUUGAAUAUUUUCAGGUGAAAAACGGGGAUUGUUUGAGAUGCAUGUGA